AUGCGGAAGGAAAGAAUGGAAAAUCUAACAACUACUGGAAAGAUUGCAGGGAGAAGAGAUCGCGGUCAACAACGAAUAACACUCGUGAAGUCCUCGUGUCACUUGUUGAAUAUCACUAUAUUUCAAUUCUUACGAACUGUCAAAUAUCGGGUUUUGUGGAGGCCGAUGGUCCUGAAAAGAUUAGGCACGAGAAAGAAAGAAGAAUACCACAACUACUGCUUCAACUACCACUGUUUCAACUACCACAACUACCACUGCUUCAACUAUCACUGCUUCAACUACCACAACUACCACUGCUUCAACUACCACUGCUUCAAGUACCACAACUACCACUGCUGCUACUGCCUCUUUUGA